AUGGCCGACUGCUGGAGCGGCGAACAGGCGGUGUUUCUUACCUUCAACUUUUCGGAGCAAUACAAGUGUCGCCAGUACACGCUCAUGCCAUCACUGCAGAUGGAUAUCAUGACCCCCGCCGACAAGCCCACCUGGCCCUCAUCGGUCGAUGACGACAAAAAGCCCUUGCGACAACACUGUCGGCGAACAAUUCGGAUGCUGGAAGGGACUAAGUGCAACAAGAAAGUGCGACCAGAGCCGUGGUACAUACGGGUGGACUCGAACCAGACGUUUGAGCUGUACAGCGACGAUGCGAUGAAGAAGGCGCAGGGAAUUAUCGAUGAGCUGUCGGCGGAUUAUGCGGCCAUGUGUGUUGUGACGCAUGACAUCCGGCACACGACGAGGGCGCUGGAGAUUUUUGAUAUGAAGCUGCCGGCGAAAGCUGUACUGGUCGACUUGAUCAAGGUGUUGGAGCAUCAGACGAGGGAUGAUGGAGUCCCGGAGGAAUUGGCGGCGUACACGGACGACAACAUUGCGGUGCGGAACGGGCGGUAUGAUCGCAAGGCCGGAGUGUCAGGUGGGCGGCUCGGGAUGCCGUAUAUUCGGUUGCUGGAGAUUGUCGGGCCUGCCGCCGAGGCUCAUCGGCGUGAUUUCCAAAAGGCCGAAAAGGAGGAUACUGCGUUGAAGAGGAUCGCUGGACGGCUGAGGAAUGGGUAG